AUGGAAGUACCAGCAUAUUGCAUCUUUCUUGUUGAUACACUCUUUGAUUUGAUUUACUUAUCUGACAUUGGGAUUCAGUUACAUACCACAUAUCUCGAGGAUGGUAUUCAGGUUUGUGAUCCACCCAAACUAAGAAAACACUAUACAAGUCAAUCUCAGUUCUUUAAAGACAUACUUGCCAUCUUCCCAACAGAAACGUUAUGUUGGAUUUUACCAGAAUUUCUUUGCACACCAAAGCAUGUCUUAUGUACUUAUGGUGGUGCCCGCUUGACCAGACUUGCGAAGGUUGGAGCACCGUACAAGUUUUAUGACUUUUUAGAUAGCCGCACCAGCAAUCCAAAUAGGAUCAGGGCUAUUCGGCUUAUCCUUUCACUAGUGACUGCAAUGCACUGGAUUGGUUGUCUCUAUUACAUUGUCUCAGAGUACGAGGGAUUGGGAUCGACUAGAUGGGUAUACAAAGACGAUCGAGAAAAACCUGGAUUUCUAAGAAAAUACAUUGUUUGUUUCUACUGGUCCGCAAUGACCUUGACGACAAUUGGAAACACCAGUACUCCAGAGACUGAUUUGGAGUAUGUUUUCACCGGCCUUACCUUCCUCGUCGGUGUUUUUGUUUUCGCAACUGUUGUAGGAAACGUUGGUGAUGUCAUCUCCAACAUGAACGCCACGAGACAAGAGUUUCAAGCCAAGAUGGAUCAGGUUAAGGUCUAUCUCACACAUCGAAAAGUCCCUGCCUACCUACAGCUGAAGGUGAAAAAGUGGGCAGAGUAUUCCUGGGCUAGGACGCAGGCUGUUGAUGAGUCUAGGCUGUUAAACAUGCUGCCACAAAGUCUGAGAGCAGAGAUUGCAAUACAUGUUCAUCUGGACACUUUGAAGAAGGUUCAGAUUUUCGAACAUUGUGAAAAUGGGUUUCUUUGUGAGCUGGUUUUAAAACUACGAUCCCAGAUCUACUCACCAGGGGAUUACAUCUGUCGAGCAGGAGAAGCAGGGAGAGAAAUGUACAUUAUCAAUCAUGGUAAGGUAGAGGUUCUUGUUGGCUGUUCAGUCACUGAGGAAGCGGUAGUGAUAGCCGUGCUUUCUGCGGGAAACUAUUUCGGUGAAAUCAGUCUGUUAAGACUAGAUGGUAAACAAAGCAGGCGCACUGCGGAUAUCCGUUCAGUAGGAUACUCGGAGCUGCUGUGUUUAUCCAGAAAAGACCUGAUGGGAGCAUUAGUGGAGUAUCCAGAAAUGAAGGCUGUAUUAGAGGUCCACGCUCGAGAAAGGGUUAAAAGCAACUAUCAGGCCAAGAGAACGUUUAGUGUAGACACAAUGGAGUCAGGAGAUAUGGACAGUUUCCGCCAUUAUGCCAGAGAAGGAGAAAAAAAAAGAGUCAUGACAUUAAAGAGAUUCGAAGGAUGAUCGAAGAUUUGCGAAACUUUAAGAAUGUGCUGCCCAAACAAAAAAUUGAAGAACUUAUUGAAAAG